AUUUACCAAAACGCCCUUUAUCAAAACACUCGAAAGAAGAGAGAGACCAAACUACAAGAUGUUUCUCAGCCGUUCUCUCACGGCGGCAAGCGUAAGAAACAGUGACUGAAACGACAUCGUUUGCUGUGAAAGAUGAUUUUGUUUUUUUGGUAGCGUUAAUUCCAUUUCUACCCUCCCGUUUGCUCUAGUAUUACGUUCAAGACCUAUAAGAUAAUAUCAGAGUCGUCAGAGAGAUGCUUCAAGGUUUUAUGACUUCCAUCGUUAAACCCCAAUCUCAAUCUAAGGAAGAACAUAUCCUUCUGCACAACCUCUUACAACAUUCAACCCAAUCGAAAAGGUGAGACCUUUCUUCUGCAAUUUUUCAUUAUCAUUUCUCAGGCUCACCCAAUGGAUCCCAAGCUUCUCCUCUCCCCUCACAAACCCUUGUUCGUCUCUUGCAACGAAAGACCUCACCUUUCUAUCAAAUCCCGUUUCCCCACAUCCACUAUUCAAUCCGCCGCAACCUCUCAGUUCAUGGGCGAAGCUUUGAUUCUGGGGAACAAGUACACGUUCAGAACCCCUCCUCCUCGUAAAACCCUCGAGCCAGUGAGAGCUGCCGUGAAGAGAAGGAAAGAGCUCACAUUCGACAACGUCGUCCAACGAGACAAGAAACUCAAACUCGUCCUCAACAUCAGGAAGAUCCUCGUCAGCCAGCCCGACAGGACCAUGUCCCUCAGAGGGCUAGGCAAGUACAGGAGAGACCUAGGUUUGAAGAAACGCCGCCGUUUCAUAGCCCUCCUUAGAAAAUACCCAGGCGUGUUUGAGAUAGUCGAGGAAGGAGCUUACUCCUUAAGGUUCAAGAUGACGCCUGAGGCUGAGAGGCUUUACCUCGAGGAGAUGAAGAUCAAGAACGAGCUUGAGGAUGUUUUGGUCGUUAAGCUGAGGAAGCUUGUGAUGAUGUCUGUUGACAAGAGGAUACUCCUGGAGAUGAUAUCUCAUCUCAGGACUGAUCUGGGGCUUCCUUUGGAGUUUCGCGACACUAUUUGUCAGCGUUAUCCUCAGUACUUCCGCGUGGUGCCGACACCUAGAGGGCCUGCUUUGGAGCUGACUCAUUGGGAUCCUGAGCUUGCUGUGUCGGCUGCUGAGUUAUCUGAGGAUGAUAAAAUGGCUAGAGAGUCUGAAGAGAGGAACUUGAUCAUCGAUAGACCGGCUAAGUUCAAUAGAGUUAACCUACCGAGGGGUUUGAAUCUUUCCAAGAGUGAGACUAGGAAGAUAUCUCAGUUCCGUGACAUGGCUUACAUAUCUCCUUACAAGGACUUCUCUCACUUGAGGUCGGGGACGCUGGAGAAAGAGAAGCAUGCUUGUGGGGUGAUUCACGAGCUUUUGAGUUUGACGACUGAGAAGAGGACGUUGGUUGAUCACUUGACGCAUUUCCGUGAGGAGUUUAGAUUCUCGCAGCAGCUGAGAGGGAUGAUUAUAAGGCACCCUGAUCUGUUCUAUGUGUCUUUGAAAGGGGAGAGGGAUUCUGUUUUCUUGAGGGAGGCGUAUAGGAACUCUGAGUUGAUUGAUAAAGAUCCUUUGACUCUCGUGAAGGAGAAGAUGCGGGGGCUUGUGUCUGUACCGAGGUUCCCAAGAAGAGGAGGACCAAGGAAAGUUAACGAAGAGGUUGAUGGAAGCGAUGCAGAAGGUGAGGAGGAAGAAGAAAGUGAUGGUGAUGAUGAUGAUGAAGAGUGGUCUGAUGUGGAUGGUUACUUGGAAGGUGCGGAUGGUGGUGGAGAUGAUGAUGAAGGUGACUGGAGUGAUGAAGAAGGAGAAGAUGAUGUGCCUCCUAACUUUGAUGAUGAUGAAGACAGUGUGAAGAUUGGAUUGAGUCCUUCAAGUAGUCCUAGAAAGAAGAAGGAUCUCACUCCUGUGUUCCCUGACGGUACUCCAAGAGAAAAGUGGUAGAUCAUAUCAUUACAGAGCUAGUUCAAUGGAAAAAAAAACUGUUUACUUUGUCUUUGUAUCAUUAUUCUUGAAGAUGAAACACUAAUCAUAAGCUUUUGUAUGUUGUUUCUUUGUUGUUAGAACAUUUUUGAGAAUGUCAAAUUGCUUUCUGCAACGAA